AUGAUCAACUCUGCCGGGAUCCAAAGCACAACUGUUCGUGCAGGCAAAGCAGCUCACCCAUCUAACGUCAGCAGGAUGCCUUUCACGUUCCUGCUCUUAUACAUUAUUAUCGGACAUCUUUUUGAAGGUCAUGACUCUUCUUCUCAAUGUAUACCUGAAGUGUGCCUAAAAUGUAACAACACUGGACUACCAGAAGUCUGUGAUGAGAUCUGCACUACAAGAUGCGUGAAUGAUUCAAACUGA